GCAUUAUAUGUCGGAACAUGUCGUAUUUGAUAAGGUACCAAAACGAUAGCACCGCAAUCCACACACGUAUUUGAAUUAUCCAUCAGUUUCACCUCAAAAUAACUUCUUCAAGACAAAACGAUACCAAUCCACGUACACAGCUAGAUUGUUUUCCUGUGUGUGUCGUUGGCUGCAAGUAAAGUGCAAAAGAAGGUGCUUCGUCUGCCGUAUUCCCACAUAGCACAACUUGUUUCUGUAACGUUUCGUUUAACGCUCAUUGUACAAGCAGCGCGUGUUAAACAUGUCACAGGAGACUGUUACUCAAUGUCUGGACUGUCUAGAAAGCACUCGGCGACUCUGUUGCCAGUUGCAGAAAAGCUCAGAAAACGGAAAAUUGAAAAAACGACAAUUGUUUGCUUUGCUUGUGAAACUUCGUGAAGCAAACCGUAAUGCAUAUCUGCAAUUGCACCAGACAUCCUUGAAUGUUGCUGAGGCUCGUGAAAAACUGAAUGCAGCAUCAUACAAGCUUGAAAAACUCCGCUAUAUAAAACUUCAUUUGCAAGCCAGCAUUAAUGAAUUCAACGGCAGAGAACAUUAUUAUACGAAAAUCCCUCUCUCUUCAAAAGAAGCAUUUCUUGAAAAGCAUCCAGAGAAGAAGGAACUCUCUGAGCACGAAUGCAUGAUUGAGAUGCUCAACGGGGAGCUUUCCGAGCGCCAGAAGUUGUCGCAAGCUCGACAAGAUUUGCUAAAGAAAAAAGCGAGUCUUAUAUCAGAAAAUAAGCGUCUUAAAAACAGUCUGCAACGUUUGGACGGUAAAUUGGAUGCUUUUUUCCGUGCUGCACAACCAGUAAAGGACGAGUUCAGUAGUACACUCAUUCGUUAACGAGCAAGCCGAGUACAAACUUCCUAUCCAUCAGUUUUCCGGCAAACCAGCACCCUUCAUUGCUGUUUUCAUUUGAGCAAAACAUUCUUGUUUGCGGUUCUAUAAAAUUCAUUAGCGUUUACAACAAACGAUGAAUUAGACACAAACCUUCAUCUCGUCAUCGAUUUCCUUUAAUCUUGAAAGAAUGUUUGCUCGUCUCUGAAGCAACGUGUUUAUCCUCACUGGCAGUUCAUCCAUGUCUUGGACACUACAUAAAACAUCAUUUUGUUAGUCUCCGUCCUUGUUUUAUUUUUCUUGUUGUUCAUACAAUUUGGCAAGUUUCUCUUCCAUCUGUUUCUCAAAAUCAUUUUUCAAAGAUUCCUUUUGUUUUUCAUACUCAUUCUCGAGUUGUUCACGCUUUUUAAUUCUCCUUGCUGCGUUUUUGGCGCGCAAUUCCUCAAGAAUUGUCUCAAUGGCUACUGUACUGCAUUUUUAUUAGCUUUCAAUAGCUGAAUUAUCAUACUCGGAUUGCUGAGAGCUGCAAGAACUCUCUGUGGUUGUUCGUAUGGGCAUGGUUGUGUGAAUGGUAAAGGAACGAAUGCCUAUGGACGCGUUGUUAUUUUAUAUAUACGCGUUGAACGCGUAAAGACGCGUCGACGAACAAUGAAAUCCUAUUUCACGGUAACUAAAGAAUUUGUAGUAAAGUGCGGAAACGAAGUUAAUUGUAUUCCUAUGAAUGAUGAUGAAUGUCUUAUUACUCUAGCUCGAGGGAAUGGAAAAAUUAAUUAGUAAGGAA